GUGCGCAACAUGCGCAAGGGCUCGCCCAGCGACGGGCUCAGCGACGACCAGCGGGAGGCGGCUGCACAUCACCUCGAGGGCCAGUACAUGCGGCUGUGGGUCACGCCUGUGAUCAGUGCCCUUUGCAAGCAUGACGACAACAUCCGCCGCAUGCUGGCCAAGCACGUCUGCCCGAAUCUGUUCCGCACGUUCCCGCACAUUGUCACCGAGAUCCUGAAAUCGCUGACCAGGCACCUGCCCUACCAGCAGCCGCUGCCAUCAUCAUCGAUGGGCCGCAAGCGCUCGCUGUCGAUCUCGGAACAAGUGCUGGAGGCCAGCCGCCAGCAUGCACUGAUCAUUGUGCUGAAAGUGGCAAGGUCGCUGGAUCUGAUUACCAUCGGACAGCUGGCCCGCGUCGACUCGGAGCAGGAGCAGCAGCCAACUGGCGAAGUCAAGCUCGCUGAGGGCACCAGAGCACCGCUGAUGGCGAUGCUCAACCAGGCGGUCUACCACCCCGACUGGUCGGUGCGUGCCGAUAUGCUUGGGCUGCUGUGCGAGGCCCGCCGUCUGUCGACGCCGCUGUCCAAUGUCGAGUUCGAUCUGCUGUUCAAGCUUUUGCGCGUGUCCUCCAAUGCCACGUCGGCAGAUUUCCGCCAGCAGCAGUACAGCGCCUUGACUAUGCUGGCCACACGCCUGGUCAGCAUAGCCACACAUGCUCACCGGAUCGUCACGACGGGCAGGCCGCCAGUGCCGUCGCAGAAGGUGCGGCACCGCGAGAAGGCCAAGCGUGAAGCUGCUGUGGCAGAUGGGCUGGCUCAGGGCAAGACCGAGGAGCAGGUGCUGCGCGAGCUGGGCAUUCUGUCGCAGGACGAGAUGGUUGCGCAGGCCCGUGCCACGCUGGAGGGUGUCGAGCGGGCUGUUAACCAGUGGGUGGAUCUGGCCGUGCGCGGAUGCCUGUAUCCGGGAGCUGGCUUUGCCAAGGUUGCAAUGGGGCUCAAGUGGCUGGACAUUCUGACGCGUUUCUUCACUCCGGGGCGCCCUGCCCAGGCACCCGAUGACUCGAUGCUGACCAUCGCCAAUGCUGGCUCAAAUGUCACCGCGAACGAGGUUAUUCCGGUGCUCACACACGUUCUCCUCGACGACCCAUUUGAUACCAACCGAUCCAGCGCCUUUGCGCUGCUGACUGAGUGGCCCCUGGUGGCCGCUGGCAGUGCCAGUGCCGAAAAGGCAGCCAAGAGCUGGGCUGACAGCCUGCUCCGGCGCGCGUUGCGCUUGGUCAACAACACCAGAGCCGGCGAGAGCGAGAGCGGUGCGCUGAUCAUCCGCUGGCUGUUCCGCAAGUGCCAGGACGCCGCGGCAAAGAACCUGCUUGAUGCAGCGCAGAACUACCCGCUGCACGGCCUCCUUACCGCCGCACACUAUGUCGCCGAGGAGGUCGAUUUCGAGUCGCGGGCUGUCCAGCAGAACGCGCAUCUGUGGAAGCAGUGGCUCGCGGAUCUGUCUGGCUCAGCCAUCGAGAUCAGCAACAUCGUGCUUGGCGUUCUGACCAGCGCGUCACCCGAAGGCAACAUCCCAUCGUCGUUUAGAGAGAUGGAGACAAAGAUCGACGAGAUCAUCAAGUCGUCGACGGCCAUUGUGGAUGCCGACGCCCAAGUCCGAUAUUGGUGGGAUGACGACGAGGUCCUGGUGGGACCACGGCAGCAGGUGAUUCUCUCGUACUGCUGGCGAGCAAUCAAGGAGGUGGCCGGUCUGCUUGCCGUUGUGGCCACCAGCCCGCCAGGCACUGACCUGGUCCACGACCGAGUCGAGCCGCUGCUGGACGAGUCGAAGGUGGGCGAAAUCGGCGACCUCCUGCGCACACUGCUGACGUCGAUCCGCCACCGCGGCGCUUUCUCCGGCAGUCCACCCGGCCUGAGCCGCAGAGUCGCGCAGUGGCUCGAGCAGUGUCUGGACAUCGUCACGAUCUGCCAGGUCUCGGUCACGCGGCGCAGCGCGGGCUGGCCGCUCUGCCUGCUGGCGAUUCUGACGUGUGAUAAAAACGCAACGCAGGCACUGCUGCCGCGCGCUAUGGACCGUAUUUUUGCGCUGGCCACCGACCUCCACGUCGAUCCCGAACCUGUAAACACUGCAGUCAAUGUGGACUCGGCGGGUGACGGCACAGUGGACCUACCGCAGGUGCAUGCUAUCAACAUGCUGCGCGUGCUGCUUGACGACAAGACGCUUGCCAUGCGUAUGUUCCUCUCGCUGACUGGGCUGCGCUCACGCCACUGGGCCAUCCGCAACGUGUGCGGGCUGCUGUACGCGGCCCUGACGCGUCGCGUUUUCGGCGCCAACAAGGCGCGCGAGGAGACCAUCUACGACGGCAUCACCGGCCGCGAGCUCUUGAAGGACGCAGUCGACCAGAUGGCCGAGGCCGACAUCGUCGAGCACUCAGCCGAAAUGCUGCAGGAGGCUGUUGGCGAUGCUGAGUUGCCCGAUUACGACCCCGUUGGUGCGGUGAUGCGUAGCGGCGCCCGCCUAAUCCACCCAGCGCUCUAUCCGUGCCUGAUCCUGCUUGCCCGCCUGCAGCCGUCACCCAAGGAGCUCGAGAAGCCCGAUGAUAACACUCCUGAGCCCUUCACUGUCGCUGCUGCCAGCGUACCCCUGAACGUUCCUGCUGCUACCGGCCACCAGCGCCAGCCGAGCCAGGCCGAGAUUGCCGCAUCAGUUGGUGUGCUUGCUACGUCGCCACACUCGGAGUCCGCCUCCGCUGCGGUUGCGCCGCCGAUGAACCUGGACCAAGAACCGAUGACCAAGGUCAAUGAGCGCAACUCGACUGUGCACGUGACCUCGGCCUCCACCAUGCUCACCAUGUACUCGUUCACCGAGCUUGUCGAGAUGUGCGUCGACAGCCCCGUCUUCAAGACUCGCGAAAUGGCUGCCCGCGCCUUUGCUCCACUGAUCCCCGGCGACAAGGCUGUAUCUGUGGUUCUGGCGCUGCUUAAGAGCAUCCGUCAGAACGGCAAUGCCAUCCUGACCAACAGCUGCCACGGCGUACUGUGUCAGGUCCAGGAGCUGCUGCGCGUGCAUUGGCGCCAGGGCAACUCCACCGAUUCCAUGCGUCGCGCCUUUGUCAUGCAGGUCUUCCCGGCACUGACUUCGCUGUGGCCACAGCUGAUACAGGGUGCCGAUGAUGGCUGCUACGCCCAGUCAGCCGAUGACGUGUCGGACAUGGUGCGCUUCAAGUAUCUGUGCAUUAUCAACGAGUAUGUGGCACGUGGCGAGGACUGGCUGCUGGCUGGCGUCGACGAUUUGUCACUGAUCAAGACUACAAAGCUUGUUUUGUCGCGGUUCCGCAUCUCCAUCCUAUACGGCUUCCUGCACCCGCUGUUCUCUAAUCCCGACACACUGGUGGCCAUCGGUGGCGCCCAGAUCCCCGGCGCCUUUGGUACGCUCCAGGAGCUGACCAGCCUGCUGCUGGCCUGCAUCGACGACACAACCGCUGCAGUUCUGCAGGACGACGGUACCGUGCAGCUCGAGGUGGACACUUCCCCAUAUGCUGCUGAGGGUCGCCAGGUGUCGUAUAACCCGUGGGUUGUGUUUGAAAACAUCCUCACCAACAACGAGUUCUACGAGGCCAAGAUUGUGCUGCUGGACUGGCUGAUUGCCCACAUUAGCACCGGCCAGAUCGAGAUAUUUGAGCGCAUCGGCAUCCUCAAUCUCCUCAGCUUCCUUCGCGCGAGCGAGCUCCCUGGCACCAUACAGCCGGCGCUCGACCCACUGGUGCGCUCCAAAUCCAUCCUGCUGCUGGCCCUCAAUGCCCGCUUCUGCCCGCUCUCCGUUGCCACCUCGUUCGUGCAGUACCAGGGUGCUCUCCUCCAUCUGCUCCAACAGUGUGCAGCAGUCGUCCACAAGCGGUCGAUUGAAUGGGCCGCGUACCUGCUCAAGUGGACUGACCCGGAGCGCGCAGUGCCGUACCGCGAGGCUGUCAGCAGAGCUGUGAUCCGGUACAGCAUGAUCAAGCGCUUCUAUACGGGACCGGACGGCGAAGUCGACAUUCCUUUUAAUCCGACCAGCGAGGAAAUCCUGCGCAUGUGCUUCUGGAGGCUCCUGCAGGACGAUGACGAGGACAUCCGCGAGUUCAUGGCCAAGCACAUUUCCAGGCGUCUGGGCAAGGAAUUGGCCUGUGAUCAAGCGUGUGAGCAGAUUAUCGACAGGUUCACUCCUCUCGGGAACCAGUAUCCGCACAUGCUGGUCAGUCACUGCUUCGAGCACCUGCUGAGAUCGAGCAGCGGCAAGGUGGUUGUGCAGACGGCUGUGAGCCCGAACCGCCGUCUGUUUGAGCAUGAGAACCCAAACAUCUACAUUGACGAGUUCCGCAACUUGCAGCUCGCAUACCGCGCCCUGAUCAACCUGGCGGCCAUGUUUGAGGACUCGCCCACCGCCUGCAAAGAAUUCAUGGACCGCGGAAUGUUGUGCGAGGAAGCUCUGUCGCUGGCUCAUGCAGCACUGCUGGAUGCCAAGCAUCAGAUUAGCGAUAACGGUGUCGAAAUUUCAGGCACCCUUGGUGCAACAUCGUUGCCAGUGCUGUUCUCGCACAUCCAGUCGUGGAUCCUUGGUGCACGAGUCGCCGUGUUCGCUGCUUCGCGAAUGACAGGCCAUGGCGGUGCAGAGAGCCUGCACAAGAUCGUGUCAUGUAUCGAAGGCAUUUUGGCGUCGGCUGAAAUCCAGCCGCUGCAUCCGUGGGUCCUGCGGUCUCUGACCGCAGAGCCAGUUUCCAAGGACAUGGCCAUGGCAGAUCUGUAUCUGCUCACCUGCGUCGAGUAGCGGUUUUACUUUACAUAUCAUUUUUUUUACUUAGAAUUGACGUCGCUGCCUG